AUGUCUCAUGUGUCAGAUAUGAAAGUUUUAUUUUCUAGGUUGUGUUCUAUAAAAAAUGGACUGCCAACAUUUAAAUAUGGGUCGAGGAGCUUUAGUCAGAAUAUUGAUAGACCUCCACAACCAUUGCCAAAACAAAGCGUUUCACCUUUACCACCUCUCUCAGAGCCAAUGCAGAAUCUCCCACCUGUACUGUAUGCCUCUUCUAAAUCAGAAAAUUAUGUUACGGAAGUGACUGUUCUGGAGAAUGGUCUUAGAGUAGCAUCUGAGAAGAAAUUUGGCCAAUUUUGUACAGCUGGUGUGGUUGUUGAUUCUGGCCCAAGAUAUGAAGUGGCGUAUCCAAAUGGUAUUUGUCAUUUUCUUGAAAAAUUAAGUUUUGGUGCAACCCACAAAUUUCCAACUCGAGAUGUAAUGCUACGUGAAUUGGAAAGACAUGGGGGUAUAUGUGACUGUCAAGGCUCAAGAGAUACCACUGUAUAUGCUACCAGUGCAGAUUCCAGAGGUCUGGAAGCUGUAACUCAAGUGUUAGCAGAAGUGACACUGAGGCCUCAGCUCUCUACAGAGGAAAUUGAAUCUGCCCGCCAAGCCGUUGCAUUUGAACUAGAAACCCUUUCCAUGAGACCCGAACAAGAGACUAUAUUGAUGGAUAUGAUACAUUCGGCUGCUUAUAAAGGAAAUACACUUGGUUUGCCGAAAAUUUGUCCCACAGAAAAUGUAUACAAUAUAGAUAGAGGAAUUAUACUCAACUAUUUGAAGAAUCAUUACACACCUGACCGAAUGGUUGUCGCUGCUGUUGGGGUUGACCACGAACCCUUUGUGGAGUACGUUCAGAAAUAUUUUGUUGAUAUGAAGCCUGCCUGGCAACACGAAGAUAGUGCGAUAUUCACACCUUUGACUGAUAAAUCCAUUGCACAAUACACCGGUGGAAUAGAACAGGAAGAAUGUGAAAUACCGCUUUACCCAGGAUCUGAUCUACCCGAAUUAUCGCACGUAGUUAUAGGAUUAGAAAGCUGUUCUCACGGCGACCCUGACUUUGUGGCGACGUGCGUGCUCAACAUGAUGAUGGGCGGCGGCGGUUCGUUCUCAGCCGGCGGGCCCGGGAAGGGCAUGUACACGAGACUCUACACCAACGUGCUUAACAGGUACCACUGGAUGUUCAACGCGACGGCGUACAACCACGCGUACGGCGACACGGGACUGUUCUGCGUGCACUCUGCCGCGCCGCCCGCACGCCUGCAAGACACCGCGCUGGUAAUCGCGCGCGAACUAGCCAACAUGGCGGGCAACGUGGGCGAGACAGAACUGAGGAGAGCAAAAACCCAGCUUCAGUCAAUGUUGCUAAUGAACCUAGAGGCCAGGCCCGUCGUGUUCGAAGACGUCGGCCGGCAAGUGUUGGCGACUGGCAAGAGGAAAUCACCGUCUUUCUUUAUUAAAGAAAUUGAAAAAGUCACAGCCGAUGAUAUAAUCCGGGUAGCACGUCGCAUGCUCAGUAAGAAACCGGCCGUUGCCGCCCGUGGAAAACUCGCGCACCUUCCAAGCUUCGAAGACAUCCAGGCGAACAUGUCGCUCAACAAAAGUGACGCUUCACCGCAGGGCAGACGGCUUAAUCUCUUCAGAGUUUAGAUAUACUACCUAGCAUUAUUGUAUCGUUUAUUAAUAUUACGAAGUUAUUUAAUAAAAUUUAUGUUAGUUCCAAAUUUUUCAA